AUGAAGAUCACAGCUGCCAUUAUCACUGUUGUCACAGCAUUUGCUUCCUUUGCUUCUGCUCAACAAGAUACAAAUACUUCUUCAACUGAUACCUACGAUUACGUUAUCGUUGGUGGUGGUGUAGCUGGUUUGGCCUUGGCUAGUCGUAUCUCUGAAAACAAGGAUGUCACUGUUGCUGUUCUCGAGUCCGGUCCUAAUGCCAAUGAUCAAUUCGUUGUGUAUGCCCCUGGCAUGUAUGGCCAAGCUGUUGGCACUGAGCUUGCUCCUCUCGUUCCCACCGUUCCUCAAGAGAACAUGGGUAACAGAAGCCUUUCCAUCGCUACUGGUAGAUUGCUCGGUGGUGGUAGUGCUAUCAAUGGUCUCGUUUGGACUCGCGGCGGUUUGAAGGAUUAUGACGCUUGGGAGGAACUCGGUAAUCCUGGAUGGAAUGGUGCCAACUUGUUCAAGUACUUUAAGAAGGUUGAAAACUUCAGUCCUCCUACUCCUGCCCAAGUUGAAUACGGUGCCACCUAUCAAAAGAGCGCCCAUGGCAAGAAUGGACCUAUUGAUGUCUCUUUCACCAACUACGAAUUCCCUCAAUCUGCCAAGUGGAAUGCCUCUCUUGCGUCUCUUGAUUUCACUGCUCUUCCUGACCUCUUGAACGGUACCUUGGCUGGUUACUCUACCACUCCCAACAUUUUGGACCCUAAAACUGUCCAACGUGUAGAUGCCUAUGCUGGUUACAUUGCCCCUUACACAAGCCGCAACAACCUCAAUGUCUUGGCCAACCACACUGUUUCUCGCAUUCAAUUUGCUCCUCAAAAUGGCAGCGAGCCUCUCAAGGCCACUGGUGUUGAAUGGUAUCCUACUGGCAAUAAGGAUCAAAAGCAAACUAUCAAGGCUCGCUACGAAGUCAUCAUCUCAUCUGGCGCCAUUGGUAGUCCCAAGCUCUUGGAAAUCUCUGGUAUUGGUAACAAGGACAUUGUUUCUGCUGCCGGAGUCGAAUCCUUGAUUGACUUGCCUGGAGUUGGUGCCAACAUGCAAGAUCACGUCCAUGCUGUCACUGUCUCUACUACCAACAUUGAUGGCUACACUACCAACAGUGUCUUUGUCAAUGAUACCCUUGCUCAAGAGCAAAGAGAGGAAUACGAAAUUAACAAGACUGGUAUCUGGACCACCACUCCCAAUAACCUUGGCUAUCCUACCCCUGAGCAACUCUUCAACGGUACUGAAUUCGUCUCUGGCAAGGAAUUUGCUGACAAGAUUCGUAACUCUACUGAUGAAUGGGCCAACUACUAUGCCUCUACCAACGCUACCAAUGUUGAAUUGUUGAAGAAGCAAUAUGCUAUUGUCGCCUCUCGUUAUGAAGAAAACUAUUUGUCUCCCAUUGAAAUCAACCUUACUCCUGGUUAUGGUGGUACUGGCAGCCCUGACUUGCAAAACAACAAGUAUCAAACUGUCAACCAUGUCUUGAUUGCUCCCUUGAGUCGUGGUUAUGCUCACAUCAGCUCUUCUGAUAUCGAAGACCCCUCUGUUAUCAAUCCUCAAUACUACUCUCACCCCAUGGAUAUCGACGUUCACGUCGCUUCUACCAAGCUUGCUCGUCAAAUCAUCACUGCUUCUCCUGGUCUUGGUGAUCUCAACAGCGGUGAAGUCGAACCUGGUAUGAAUGUUACCUCUGAAGAUGACCUCAGAUCCUGGUUGAGCAACAAUGUACGCUCUGACUGGCAUCCCGUUGGUACUUGUGCUAUGCUUCCCAAGGAGUUGGGUGGUGUUGUCAGCCCUGCUCUUAUGGUCUACGGUACUUCCAACUUGCGUGUUGUUGAUGCUUCCAUCAUGCCCCUUGAGGUCUCCUCUCACUUGAUGCAACCUACCUACGGUAUUGCUGAAAAGGCUGCUGAUAUUAUCAAGAACCACUACAAGAGCCAAAACAAGAACUAA